GAGUAGCGGGCUCGGCUAAAGUGACUGCCCCACCGUCACUGUCUGUCCGUGUGGUCCUCUGCAGCUCUGUGACUAGCAAGAGGCUUUCCCUUACCCUCAGAGUCCUGUCUGGAAAACCCUUCAAGAGCUACGCUCAAAGCACAGUUUCUUUAUAGGAAGCAGCGAGAGGCACCAUGUCUGCAGAAGCACCAAUCCCCCUGAAUUUGGACAUUCGCGACCUGCAGAUCCAGACAGUCACAGUGGAGAAGCUGCUGGAGCCGCUGAUAAUCCAGGUUACCACACUUGUAAACUGUCCGCAGAACCCCUCCAACAGGAAAAAGGGACGCUCUAAGAGAGCCAGAGUUCUCCUGGCUUCGGUGGAGGAAGCAACUUGGAACCUGUUAGACAAGGGGGAGAAGAUCGCCAAGGAAGCCAGGGCUUUAAAGGAGGAGCUCACAGCUGCGCUCCAGGAAGUUCGCAGAGAGAGCAAUGCUCUGAAGGCGUCAGCCGAGAGAUUUACAGAUGACCCCUGUUACCUCCCGAAAAGGGAGGCUGUGGUUCAAGCCGCCCGCGCCUUGUUGGCAGCCGUUACGAGACUCCUUAUCCUUGUGGACAUGAUUGAUGUCAUGUGUCUCUUGCAGCAUGUGUCAUCUUUUCAAAGAACAUUUGAGUCUCUUAAAAAUGUUUCCAACAAAUCUGACCUCCAGAAGACCUACCAGAAGCUCGGGAAGGAGCUGGAAAACCUGGAUUAUUUAGCCUUCAAACGUCAGCAGGACUUAAAAUCUCCAGCCCAGAGAGAUGAAAUUGCAGGGGCCCGGGCCACUUUGAAGGAGAACUCCCCGCUCUUGCAUUCGAUUUGUUCAGCUUGUUUGGAACAUUCCGAUGUUGCUUCGCUCAAAGCCAGUAAGGACACAGUCUGUGAAGAGAUUCAGAACGCUCUUGAUGUCAUUUCAAAUGCUUCCCAAGGCAUCCCCAGCGUGUCGGCGACUUCGGAAACUCAGGCGGCAACCCUGGGAAGUGCCCUUGAUGAGCUGGAGAAUUUAAUUGUCCUGAACCCACUCACAGUGACAGAGGAGGAAAUAAGACCAUCACUAGAGAAACGCCUAGAAGCCAUCAUCAGUGGGGCUGCACUGCUGGCUGACUCUUCCUGCACCAGGGACUUCCACCGAGAGCGGAUUAUCGCCGAGUGCAAUGCCAUCCGCCAGGCUCUCCAGGACCUGCUGUCGGAGUACAUGAACAAUACUGGAAAAACAGAAAAGAGUAAUGCCCUCAACGCCGCCAUAGACAACAUGAGCAAGAAGACAAGGGACCUCCGCCGGCAGCUCCGCAAGGCGAUUAUAGAUCACAUAUCCGAUUCUUUCCUGGACACGACAGUCCCGCUCCUGGUUCUCAUUGAAGCUGCUAAGCACGGGCGAGAAAAGGAAAUCAAAGAAUAUGCUGCGAUAUUUCAUGAGCACACAGGCAGGCUCGUGGAGGUGGCAAACCUUGCUUGUUCCAUGUCAACAAAUGAAGAUGGGAUUAAAAUCGUCAGAAUCGCCGCAAAUCACCUGGAAACCCUGUGUCCACAGAUCAUAAAUGCUGCACUUGCUUUGGCAUCGCGACCCAAGAGUCAAGUGGUCAAAAACACCAUGGAAAUGUAUAAGCGCACAUGGGAGCAUUAUGUACAUGUUCUCACCGAAGCAGUGGAUGACAUCACCAGCAUUGACGACUUCCUGGCUGUCUCUGAAAGCCACAUUCUGGAGGACGUCAACAAAUGCAUUAUCGCCUUGAGGGACCAGGAUGCCGAUAACUUAGACCGAGCUGCUGGUGCCAUCAGAGGACGAGCUGCAAGAGUAGCUCACAUCGUCACAGGGGAAAUGGACAGCUACGAACCAGGUGCUUACACCGAAGGCGUGAUGAGAAAUGUCCAUGUCCUUACAAGCACGGUGAUCCCAGAAUUCGUGACCCAAGUGAACGCUGCCUUGGAUGCCCUAAGCAAGAAUUCACUGACUGUUCUUGAUGAUAAUCAGUUUGUGGACAUCUCAAAGAAGAUCUACGACACAGUUCACGACAUCAGAUGUUCAGUCAUGAUGAUUCGGACUCCAGAAGAACUAGAGGAUGUUUCCGACCUUGAGGAAGAUCAUGAGGUCCGUAGCCACGCCAGCAUUCAGACAGAAGGGAAAACUGACAGAGCUAAGAUGACUCAACUGCCCGAGGCAGAAAAGGAGAAAAUUGCCGAGCAAGUGGCUGAUUUCAAGAAGGUGAAGAGCAAGUUGGAUGCUGAGAUCGAGAUAUGGGAUGACACAAGCAAUGACAUCAUCGUUCUUGCCAAGAAGAUGUGCAUGAUCAUGAUGGAGAUGACAGACUUCACAAGGGGAAAAGGACCACUAAAGCAUACCACUGAUGUCAUCUAUGCAGCUAAAAUGAUAUCAGAGUCAGGAUCAAGAAUGGAUGUUCUCGCUCGGCAGAUUGCUAACCAGUGCCCAGAUCCACCGUGCAAACAGGACUUGCUGGCUUAUCUGGAACAGAUUAAAUUCUACUCCCACCAGCUGAAAAUCUGCAGUCAAGUUAAAGCUGAGAUCCAGAACCUGGGGGGCGAGCUCAUCAUGUCAGCCUUGGACAGUGUCACCUCCCUGAUCCAGGCAGCAAAAAAUUUAAUGAACGCUGUAGUGCAAACAGUGAAGAUGUCGUACAUUGCUUCCACCAAGAUCAUCCGUAUCCAGAGUGCGGCAGGGCCCCGACACCCAGUUGUCAUGUGGAGAAUGAAGGCUCCGGCUAAAAAGCCCUUGAUUAAAAGAGAGAAGCCAGAAGAAACAUAUGCGGCUGUCAGAAGAGGCUCAGCCAAGAAAAAGAUUCACCCCGUUCAAGUCAUGAGUGAAUUUAGAGGGAGAGAAGUCUACUGAAGCCCUAGUCCACACAAGUGCCCAUUGCCACACCCCAAGCCAACCACACUGCUCUAUCUCACAGUGCACUGGUUCUUUAACUUUUACAUAGUUACGCUCAUAAAUAACAUAAAACAUUGGGGUUAGGCCAUGGUACACAAUGUGUAUUUGGGGUCCUGCCAUUGUCAUCUCUCUAUAGCCAGCACAGCCCAGUUAACCUGCAGGUAGUACUAGGGAAUAGAAUUCACAAGUGUCAUCUUAGCCUUGCCCUCCACAGGGAAUAGCUGAUGCACAUUACAAAAUGUUUGGGUUUCAUGCACUCUUUUUCCUUGUGAGGGAAGCCACUUGUCAGAAGCUUUUCACUGGCCUUUCAUUAAACCCAAGAGAAUUUAUCAACUAUUUUCCCAAUUAGUGCCAUACUUUCUUCAACAGACCUAACCUGGUACCUAACCUGCCAGAGAUGUGUCAUUUUUGCCCAUUAGAAGGAAUUUUCAAUUUCGAGACAUCCCUACCCAUUAUUAGUUGGUCAGCUGACUAUAGCCAAAUGUGUAUGGUCAAGCUUCUUACUAGAAUUUGAAAGUCAGCCAUGUUAUUAAAUAAGUGCUUUGGUGACACUCCAAGGCUGAGAGAUUUUGGAUGCUCUUUCUGCCUUUGAUUUCUAUGUGUUCAGAAGGUCGUUACUCUUCAUGUUGCGCCUGUCCAGAUACACAUAUGUAGAGUUAUCAUCCAUUGCAGAAAGGAAUUUUUGUUUAUUGAUUUUUUUUUCCUUUGGUACUGGGACUCAAGCAACAUUUAACAUGCUGGGCAAGUGGUGUACUCACGAGCUACACAACCAGCCCUUCUGCUAGAGAAAUGAGUCACUGAGUUAGGGCGUAGAGUAAGUCGACGAUGGAGGACGCGAAAGGAAAUUUUGCACGAUUCUAAAAAUCUCUUUGUAUCAAUUUGCAAUCGUAAUUCAAAUGAAAGACCAUUUUGCAAAACCUUUUGGCACUGAGUGAAAUCUACCACCCAACAAUGAAGCUGAGUUAAUCACAAUGAGUUUGCAGUGAUUUUAAUAUCCACCUUUAAGUAAAUGUCACUGGGGUUAUUUUGUAUGUCCAUUGAGUAUGAUUAUCUAUAGCUGAGUUUAUGACGGACUCUGGAGCAGCCUGAGAGUGUGGUACAUAAUCUUGAUAGCCCUUUGUCUUCCUAAUACUUCAUCUUCCCUUUUAUUUCCUUCUCUGUCUUCACACAUUGCUGUGUAUAAGCUGUGAUGGAGGAGCAAUGCUUCAGUUUCACCAUGCCACAGUCCAAGGGUGGUUUCUCAGUUUAUUUCAUUUUACUUUAUCUCCUGUAAUUGAAGCUCUUCACUUUUACAACACUGCUCUUGAAAAGUCAUUUUGGAACUUUCAAUUUAUCAAUUAAUAUUUCUAUAUGUAACAUAAGUUGAUGUUAAGAAGGCCACUUGUCCAGGAACCAAAAGGAUUUAUAAAUGUUGGGAAUUCAUUGCUUAUUGUAUCGAACAAAAAAGAAAGGAAAGGUUUAGCAGGUAUUAGUCUAUUAUUGAGGUGAAUAAUAACUCUUUUAAUAUAUUAAAUUAUUUCAUUCUUCAAAAGUUCUGGGGUGGUUGUCUGGGAUCUUUAUAAAACUUUGUAGGAGGUAGAGAAAGUUUAUUCAUUUCUUCCCUCACCAUGCACUAAGGAAUUUCCCACAAUAAUAAUUAUUCUGGACAAUGUGGGUUCUCACAAUGAGAAGCAGAGAAGAAGGGCAUUCGGUCUUCUAGGCAAUGUUGGCAUAAUUGGGACAAAUAGAGGCCCUCUGUUAUUGAAAUGCUACCAUAGUAUUCUGUACUCAGUAGAGAGAAAUUUUAGCAUAUAAAUAAUAUAUUGGGUACAAUAUAGAUGUAUAAUUUGGGGAACAAUGAAUUUCUUAAAAAUAGACAAAAACAACCAAACAACUAGCUUUAUAUACUAGGUCUUACUUGACCUUACAUAGACCAGAAUCAUAAGCCUCCUUUGCAAAUCUACUGUCCCUUUGGCCCCACAUCAUCCUUCUACAUAUUGGAACUUAGCAUGUAUUUUUGGAAGAAAACAAUAAAAACAGAAAUAAUUUUAAAUGAUACAAAUACAAGAUAACUUUACCCAAAGUGAGAUAUAAUCGAGGACUUCACUUUGGUAUAGUGCUCCAGCUAAGCUCAAAAUAAAUAGCUAUAAUUAAACAAAACAAUAAAAUGUUUUACUUAGUGAAUGCCCAGGGAGUACAUUUUUCUGCAGCAAUCAAAGGUGUAAUAAAAAAAAAAAAAAAACAAGAGGCGUAAAGCUGAGCAGGACAUCUGUCUACCUGAGAAACACCUGCAGUGACAGUAUGUUGGCUGGAUUCAAACAAUGGGCAAUGUGUGAACGUCUACAGAUAAGGAACGGGUGGAAGGGUACUUGCAAAUCUUGCAGCACAGAGCGCAAUUAGAUAAGUCUGGACAAUAAGUAUUCUAUAUUCAUAUUUAUAUGGAGGCAUUUCUUCUGCAGUAGAAAUCUGGGAAAUUUUUAAUGGGAGUGUUAACUUGAUAAUUCAGUAUGCAGCUUUUGAAAUCACAUUACAUUUUCUUGACUUGGUUAGUGAAAAACUCACCUGUCCUUUCUAGUGACAUUAAUUCCAUUUCUCUUACUUAGAAAUAUGUACUGGAAAAGAAGAUUUAUACUAUCUCCAAGGACAGCUCCAUCUCUGCUUCACCAUCUACAUUGUCACCAAGUGUGAUGUUAGGUUCAAAGUAUUCUAGAUUCAGAGUAAUUCGGAAAAUCAUGAGGUCAUCAAAUAUAAAAGUUGAUAAAUAAAAGUUUCAUCUUUUAAGUGUUAGGUUAUACUAUAUCUUUCUAUUAAAGUUUCUAGAAAUUUUAGAUUAAACCAGGAAAUUAGGAAAGCAUCAAAUUUUAAACUACAUGGUCAAUCGUUCUUUCCUGUUUCUCUUAGGGCUUGAGUGUAGCCUCUAAAUGUGCUAGGAGGUACAUUAGAGUCCUAAUAUUCCCAUGUGCCAUCUGAGAUUGGGAAAUCUCUUAGCAUCAGUAUAACACAUAUGCUCCUCAUGAAGUCUCAUGAAGGAAACUGUGGCUGAACACCGAGGCCUAUUCUUAUAACCUUUUAUUGAAGGCUAAUUUCAAAGAUCAGCUUUCAAUUCAUUAUAAAUGGAAAACCUAAUACUGUGACUAUGUAAUUAAGUUCCCACUAGGGCCUCCAAGAUAAUAAUGCUCCCCAGAUUCAACAGCAGGCUGCUGAAAAGGAUAAGCUUCAACAAUGGGAAAGAUGAAACUGGGUUCUUAAACCUUCACUUUGGUGACUUGAGAGAUGGCUCGGGCUGUGAGUGCUUGCUAUGCCAACAUGGAGCUCUGGCUUCUGAUUACCUUUACCUGCAUAAAAAGCCAGGUAAUGGGGGUACCCUUAUAAUUCUAGUCCCAGAUGGAGAAGGUCCCUGGGGCUUCUGGCCAGCCAGUCCAGGCAAAUAUGCAAGUUCCAGGUUCAGUGGCAGACUUUAUCUCAGAAACGUAAGAUGGGGAGUGUUUGAGGAAGAUAUACAAUGUUGACUUAUAAAUUCUACAUCCAUUCACACAUAUUAAUGUAAAUCAACACACACACACACACACACACAUCGCCUCACUCGCCUCACUUUCUACGUGAUCUCAUGUUACCUAACCUUGCACUCAGCAUCUUCUCAAAUGUCUACAAUGUUCUGCUAGAUGACAAAGUCAAGCAAACAAAUAAACAAACUACACAGUUACCACCUCUUGGCAAAAAGCAAGCCCCAGUCAUCUCCCCAACAUCUCUUCCUGGUAGGUUACCCCAUAUAUAAAUACACAAACAUAUUCUUCAGGACUUUGGUUAAAGUUAUAGUUCAAUUUCCACCAGAGUCAUUCCUUCAGACUUUCUACUUCCCCAAGCAUUCUGAUCUUCUUUGGUGUCUCAUUUUGAUGCUGGGGAUUGUAGUUCCCAUGGAUACAGACUUCUGCACUGUGGCAAUGUGAGAGAAAUGAGAUCUGAGAAUUUUCCUGGUGAAAUCGACCAUUCUGUUUCAGUAUUGUAAUAAGCAAUUCUCUGGGUGGACAAAAUAGGCAACAGAACCUGAAUUUGAAUGAAAUCCACAUGUUUUAAUCAGCCUGUCCUUGGUUAAGAUGACCGACCUAAUACACGGUCAGUGAUCAAACAGCCAUUUUUGUUGUAAAACCAGAAACUGUUCCGUUAUUAAGAAAUCACAUUCACCCAGUUAAAAAGAAUAUAGCUUGCAUGCUAUUUCAACAUUUUCAGAGUAGGAAAAUGGUUGUAGCAGCAGAUGUAUUUACCUGUAUAUCACACAUCAGGAGGCAACAUUUAUUCAGAGGAAAGGACUGCUUCUUUUACGGCUCUUUUCACAUGGUUAUUGCUCCGUGUUCAACCAUGGUCAAAUGGAUGAGGUGGCUAUCUAACAAAGCAUGAUAGCCUGACUGUCAGCUUCUCCCAGUAUCCUUCAGUCCCUCCCCUUACAGGGUAUGGCUAGUGUACCCUGGCCCCACCCUCUAUCCUGAACUCUCCAGCUCAGUGGCUGAGCUGCCCUACACCAGUGACCUUUCCCUAUAUAACCCAACUUUUUAGCUACCCUGUUCAACUCUCUUCCCUCUCUUUUCCCCUCUGCCCUCUCUCCUCAGGUGGCACAGGGUCAUGUCUACUCUGGACUCUCCCAGAUGCCUUUUUCUUCAGAUUAUGCUCUCCUUGUAUCCACAGUAAACUUUCUGUUCCACCAUAUCUAGGAGUAGUCAUGUCCUUGAAGUUUUCAUUUCUUUCUUUUUUUUCAUUCAGUUAUAGAAAGUUCCGGAUUAGGAUUUUGUAUGUUGACACAAAAUAGCAAAAGGUCUACAGUCACACACGAUGUGCAAAGUCACCUGAGUUUUCAUUUUGAGCCACUGGGUCAAAUUAGGAAAGAGAACAUGGAUGCUAUUAAAAAGGGGUGUAUGUAACAAUAUGUGUCCUAAAUUAAGCUUAUAGAUAUUACCCUAGAUGUUCAAAAUAUAGAGAGGGGACUAGAAGGAGAGGCCUAAACGCUUCUUUUCUUAAGAAAGCCACAUAAAAAUAAACUUUUUCUUAAAAGAAAUAGGAAAUAGUUUAAAACAUGAAUCAUUUUACAAAUGAACACACCCUAAUAAAGUCUAAAAAAAAAAAAACCUUACCUUGAACAAUCAAGAAGGUAACACUAAGAGAAACUGUGACUCCGAACAGUACCCAGUCAGAUGAGACUCUCGUCUGUAGGCAGUAGGAGCUUGCUCUGUGGGACUAACCCUCUUGCCCGUCACGGGAAGAUGAGUUGCUCAUGCUGAGCGGUGGGAUCCCCAGUGGGAAACUGUCCCCACUGGGAUCAAAACACCAGGAGGAUAAAAGAAGUGUAGACAGUCUGUUUCUAAGAAAACAUGAAUAAGGGAAGGCCAGAGGGAGAGGAGGGAAUGCAAAUAUUACUUGCCGAAAUAGAUAACUUUUAGAGAUCGUGUGUGAUGGAGAUUGGGAAAGUUUGGGAUUCUAUGAAGAUUAAAUGGACUCAUUAUGAGGAAGGUUUAAAGGUUUUUAGGGCUAGGAUUAGACUUUUGUCUUGGUGUCUUGUUAGUUCGCUAAGGUCAUGUCAGAGGCAAAAGAAUGAUCUAGAUACAUCUUGACUAUGAUUUAGUAAUAGUUUACAUGAUGUUUCUUAAUGCUUUAAGAAUCAUACAUUUAACCAUUCUCCAGCUGAUGCAUGAGUGUAUUCCCGGUGCAAUGACCAACAGUCAUUCAUCUAACAGCUCUCUCCUUAGGUAGCCGUGGUCCUCUAAGCACUGAUCUAGGUUCUGUGGUCACAGCAGCUGACAAGGCAAUGGUCUAAGUCCUAGUGUCGGCUCUGUCACAUGACAGCUCUCACUUGUGUCAUAUUCACAACCAUCCUGUAGGAGGUGCAUCCCCUCAACCUCAAAGGUAGGAAAAAUGGAGGAUUGCAGCGGAUGAUCGUGUUCAGAGAUUUGUUUUAAGUUCUAAACCCUCACUCAUCUAACAGCUCGUGUUCAGAGAUUUGUUUUAAGUUCUAAACCCUUAGCCAUCAUACCAGAUACUCUGUUUGUGAAAUUAGUCUUAUAUUUUCAGUUACUAACAAUGAGAUCCACAUUUUAAAUCAUGGAUGUUACCGUGAAGAAGAGGGGGGGGGGAGAGCAAAGCUUCAAAAUUAUUAAUUUAUAACCUACAUCACUCAAGGCAUGUAAGAGUCAUAUAAAUUCUAAGCUGAGCAGUGUUUCCUCUAAGAGCUGGUUAUAGGGCAUGGUGGUAUAAAAAUGUCUGUAUUUUGCUUGCUUGAUAACCAGGCUUGUGUUAUUGUAGAAGGGAAACCAGCCAUGCAAAUACUCACAUUAACCCUUGCUCAUCUUUAGUCAGUGAAAACCAAUUUGGGACAAUAUUUCUUUAUCCUUUUGCUAAUGAUACAUAGAUUUUAGCCUAUGGAUUGCAAGAGGGUUAGCCAACUGUUCCUCAAACGAGGCAGUUUCCUGAGAUUUACACUUACACUAUAGCAGACAUGGCCCCUCGUUUGUGCAUAUUCUGCAUGGGCCCAAUUACUGGUAAACUGAGUCCUUUGGCUUCCCAUAGUGCUUUCUGGAGUCCAGUAAAAGCCCCCUUUUGGCCUGUGUUUCUGAACCAGUUUCCUGACUUGGGACUUAGAGAAUUAAGUGAUUUUCUAAUCCUUCUCAUGAUAAAAACUGCAUGAGCUUCCUCAAACUAGGAAUAUGUUUCUUUGGACUUCUUAUUCUUGCUCCUGAUUUUCGUAACAGCUUUUUUUUUUCAACUGUGGGUGUGGGUGCAGGAAUCCCAAAGGAAAGAAUUGUCCUUUAAGUAAGUACACAUCUCCAAAACUCACAUCUAAUUGCCUCUUAGAACAAGCAAACACCACUUAGAUAAUGUCAGCAGAAUGGUCCUCACGCUUCCAUUUCGGAUGGUGUGUUUUCUAAUCCUAAUGGUUUUUAUCCUGGGCUUGUUUCAGAGGAAUGUUUAUGUUUAGUCCUGGGUAUUUGUUUGUAAAGGUCUGUUGCCUCUCUUUAAAUACUCUAAAUCCUCAUUUCAAUAGUUAUAUCCCUAGUUCAGAAACUCGUGGAAAAUAUAUUUGUUCAGUUUUUUUUCUUUCCUCCUGGAAGAGCCCCAGAUUUGGCAGCCCUGAGGAAAUCCUUGAUAUCUGACAUCAGCAGGUUAUCGUUGCACCUGACCUGACUCUCUCUGAAGUAGCCCCUUAGAGGACAGCUUGUCUGAGCGGUUUUCUUUGACCUUGGGCUGUCAAGAUCAGAUUUGGACCAGAAUGUUUACACAGAAACAAAGGAUUAUCUCUGAGAGGUUAGUGCUUUCUCUCAGCUAAACAGAAAUUUUCCUCCUUCCCAAGGUUUUAAGCAUAAGAUUAAUUUUAAAACAGACUGUAAGAGAAAGUAUUCCAUUGCCUGCCAAACCUUCUGUCAUGAGAUUCUCUGUUCUUCCGUGUUGGUAAACAGUGUAUCCAUGGAGAAUAAAUAAGAGCAUUUCAGCAACUGUCUGGUGGGGGUUAGAUAUGCUGUUGCUAUUGUUGACACUUCUUCUUAUAGAAUGUGCAUGUUCCAGAGAGCAUCUUCCUAAUGGCAGCAUCAUCUGACCUCUGUAGCUGUAGCUAACAAGCCCAGAAAACAGAGCUCAAUGGAUGGUUUCUUCAAAUGUAGUGCUUAAGAGUUGGGAUAAAAACAACAUUUUCUCUGGACAAAAGUAGGGUGAUUAAGUAUUAAUUAAAAUUUCUAAUGGAAAAUGAACAGGAUUCCUUUAGUUUUCAUUUUGCUUAUGAUUACUCUUACAAGCAAUGACUUGGAAGCUUAAACUUAGUGACAGCUCUGCUGAAAGUACACACAUUGUAAUUUAGGAUAAAAGCAGCCUUAAAAUAGUGGAGGUUAAACAGAAUUGGUCAACAAGAGUCACGUUCAUCACAGUAAUACCUUGAGAACGCCAAUGGGUGCCAUCUGAAGUGUUUUAAACCACCUUGUUGUAUCUCUCCCCUUGCUGUGUAGAGUCAGAGCGAGGUUGGUGAACUGCCUAUUACAGUAAUGGACAAUCUAAAGCAGUUUUGUGUUUUGGCUACAGAUAAAGUCUGGUAAAAAGCACUGGAGACCUUUUUGAUCCAUCUUUGCCUUUAAAGCCAUUCAUACCAAUCAAUAAAUUACUUCUGUGGAGAUAGAAAGUGAUCUAUAAUACCCAGCAUCCUGACAGAGAGACCCAUAUACUCAUUGUUUGAAGUUCCGCGUGCUUUUUGUGUUUAAUUGAAGCAAUUGUUCCACUGUUCUCUGGGUUAUGCUUCUAAUACAUGUAACACUGAGUUGUUUUGAAGUUAUGUAGUAUGAGUUAUACACUCACUCAAUUUCUCAUUUCAACAUCUGUCAUUUUGUAGUCCAUUAUGACAUUGCUCUCAACUGAUAAUUAAACUGUGUACAUUAAAGAAUUAAAACUGAA